AUGGAGGAGAAUGAGAAUGAGAUUGAAGUAAAAUCGAGCAAGGGGGCGGGUCGCGAAUCGAAAUCGAGAUCGGCUGCUGCGGCGCAGAGAGGCACGCGAAGCUCGCGAUCUAAGUCGCCCUCUCCAGCCGUCGCCGACUCUGAUCGAGAAGAGGAAGAGGAGGAAGAAGAGAGCAAAUCGACCGCCAUCGGCGAUUCAGAGGAGGACCAGCGCGAACAGAUGAACGCGAGGCGGCGGACGUCGCCGCGGCGUAGCGGCAGGACCCCCUCGCACUCCAAGUCGCCCUCGCCCACCAGGGCGCCCACCGCGCCCCGGAAGGCCAAGGGCGCAGCAGAAGACGCAAACGACGACGACGACGCGGCCGCCGAAGACAAGAAGAAGACGAAGAAGAAGGCGACGAAGACGAAGAAGAAGAAGAAGGAGGAGUCGAGCUCAGGCGAAGAUGAAGAAGAGGAGAAUGACAAGAAGAAGGCUUCAAAGAAAGAAAAGAAGGACAACAAGAAGAAGGCGAAGAAAGAGGAGGAAGAGGAGAACGCCGACGGAAAAGACGAGGAGCAAGAGGAGAGGAGGAGGAGGAAGAAGGAGGAAGCGAAGAGGAGGAGGAGAAGGUGGGCAAGGGGCCGGCGGAAGGGGCGGCGGCGCGGGAGCACCAACUGGGGCGGGCGCCGGCGCAAGAGGAAGUCCACCGCCACCGCCGCGCCCAACAAGCGGGAGAAGAAGAAGGAGGAGGAGGCGGGCGACGCCAUGGACGUGGAGGGCGCGGACGAACAGCAGCAAAACAACGGGAGCGCGCCGAAGCGACGCGGCGGGAGGAGGAAGAAGGCCGAGAUGGAGAUCGAGGAGGAGGAGGGCGAGAACGAGGAGGGCGAGAACGGUGACGGGAGCGACGGGAGCGCGGGGAGCGAGACGAGCGACGACGACGAUCGGAUGACGAGCGGGGACGAGGAAGACGAGGAAGACGACGAGGAGGAGGAGGAGGAGCUGGUGCCGAUCCGCCUCAGCGUGUUUGUCGAUGGGCAGAGCCUCCACGACACCUUCCUGUGGAACAUCCACGAGUCGACAUUGACUCCGAAGGAGUUUGCGCGGAGCUUGUGCAUGGAAAUGGACCUGCCGCCGGCCUUCGAAACGGCGGUGGAGACGGCGAUCGACAAGCAGCUGACGGCCCACCUGCGGUGGCGGACGGCCUUCCGCGAGGAGAAGAUCCGCAUCCCCAGCAAGGACGCCCUCAUCCUCAUCCAGCUGAACAUGACCAUCAACGAGCAAUCGCUGCAAGACCAGUUCGAGUGGGACGUCUCCAACAAGGAAAACAGCCCCGAGGUACGGCCGACGCUCAUCGCCAUCGUCACCACCACCGUCGCCAUCGCCAUCGCCAUCGCCGCCAUCACCAUCGCCACCAUCACCAUCCUCUUCGCGCAGCAGUUGUGCACCGAUCUGGGCCUCACCCGAGAGUUCGAGGUCGCCAUCGCCCACUCCAUCCGCGAACAAGUGAAUCGGCACCUGCGGAGCUACGUGGAGACGGCGAGCGCGGACGAGGCGCGGGCGCGUGUUAGGCCCGUGGUGAGGUCGGCCGUGCGAGACGGCGAGGAGACCGAGAUCUUCACGCCCGUCGUCUCCGCCCCUACCAACCCCUACAAGGUCAUCACCGACGCCCACAAGGAUCAGCCGGUGAGUGCGCCUCUGCCACUGUCGCUGCAGGCGCCGCCGACCGCUGUGUCGAUGAUGGGCCGCGCCUCCUACAGCCCCUACCCCCAGAACCACCACCCCGUACGCGCCCAAUCCACUGCUGCUCGUGCGGGCUCGUCCGUCCCCACCGUCACCGUCUCGCGACCGCCCGCCGCGUCCGUGGCUACAACAGGUCCACACCAGACCUAUCACCCGCAGCAGCAGCCGCCGCAGGCGGGGUAUGCCUACGCCGGCAGCCCGGGUCCAGUCUCACAAUACGCUCCGGGCUCUGCCUAUGCUGCUGCUGUCUCCUCUUCUUCUUCCGCAUCAUCAUCUUCAUCAUCGUCGUCGUCGUCUCCCUACGUCUACGGUGGACCCUACGCCUACUCGAGUACUUCCGCUACUUCAUCUUCAUCUGCCUCCUAUGGGUCCUCCUCCGCCUCGUACUCGCCUUCGCCCUCUUUCUUUGCCACCUCAUCCGCCUCUCUGUCAUCGUCGUCUUCGUCUUCUUCUUCUUCUUCCCACUCUUCUUCCUCUUCUCCCUACACCCCGCGAAGUCAUCCGCCAUCCUCCGCCAUCCCACAACGCCCACCACCCCAGCCUCAGUCCCAGCCCAGUUGA